GAGGAGAGAAAGAUUGAUGUAAUCGUCAUGACUAAAUCUAGCCUUACCUACGAGAGGAUCUUGGACGACCGUCCUUCACCGGACAAGGUUAUCCCUCCUGUCGCGCUCCUGUACCAUGGCUUUGGCCUCUUCCUGGAUAUCUGUCGGGGCCGUUUGGAUAUACAACAGCUGAAGGAAGUUAAACAGAAGGAUCUAAAGUUGGCUGUUGAUAUUUUUGCACAGAAGAUGUCUGGUUACUACUGUGACGAGGACGAAAGGAGGGAUGCAGCCCUUACCGCUAUACACCACAUUUUUAGCCAUCGCACUGGCGUUCAGUUUCCGAGACCUAUGGCUGCUUCCAUCAGUAAGGGCAUGGAAGAACAUCAGAAUGUGUUUCGUGGCUGGAGGGUGCCGUGUCUCGGCCUGACUAUUGUUGGUUGUGAUGAGACAUUCUAUGCGAUAAUCGCUCUUGACCACCAAUACCGGGCUGCCCCCCUCACCUCGACUCUAUCAUGCCUUCCAUCUGCGAACGAUGGUGGCGACCGAAAGGCCCUCUAUGCCGCCUUCACUGCAGCAUCAGUUGUUCUAGCAUACAUAUUAGAGGACGCCAGGACAUUCCGACAAUCACUGCCUCCAGACACACUCCGCCGGUUUCCAGCUAUUACCAAGCUGGGCAAGUACGGCUGCAAGUCCAACGGCGAUGUCGAGUUUCAAAUUCAAAAGCUUCAUCCUGACCGACAAAACUACCGCCUGCUGUAUAUUGCCAAGACGAAGGACGGGAAGGAACUUAUCACAAAGUUUGGUGGCAAUACCGGUGAGGUGUCCUAUCCCACCGACGUGCUCAAUCCAGAACUCACGGAAGGUCGAAACGCCACUGACCUGAGAAUCACCAAAGACGACGACAAUCGGGUCUUGCAGAUCACUCUGGACAAGCUUCACCGAUGCAAUAUUAAUAUAGUCACUCCGUUUCCCAAGGAUAGUACCUCUCUGAUUACCGGUGGCCAGUAUCAUCUCCUACAGCGAACAGAAGAGCAUCCGCAAGGCGAGAGGGGGCAGCUAGAGGAAGACAAGAGCGGUAUCUGA